GCUAUUUUUCAAAAAUUAAAGCAGAUUUUAUACCACAUCUUGAAGAAAAUAAUAUUAAAGAAUUAACUACAUGGUCACAAUUAGAAUAUACUACUAGAGAAAGUUGGAUUUUAGAUAUCGUUGAAGAAUAUUUAAAACAAAAAUUAAUAGAUAGGGCUGAUAAUUUUAAACAAAGAAAUAAAAAAACGAAUUUACAAGUUGAAUCAAAUAUACAAGUUGCAAGUAAUGAUGACUUAGAAAUAUUAUCACAAAUUAAUGAAACUGAAAAGUAUAAUCAUACAAACAAAGAAAAUAUAUCUAGAUCUAAACAACUUACUGCAUCUAAUUCUAAUUUUAGUAGUUUUAUUAAACAUACUUCUGGCAAUAAUAUGACUAAUUAUAAAUAUGUAGACUCUACAAGUAAUAUAGAAUCUGAUGCUAUAUCUAGCAGUGAUGAAGAAAUAAAUAAAAAUGUUUUUUCUCAAUCAUAUCAAA